UGUGAACACUGCUGCGCUUCAGGCUGCGCUCCCCGGGAGUCAGUGAAGGCGGCAGCGGACUGUCAGCUGUGGAGAGGAAAGGUGUGUUUAGUUGGAGGAGGGUUUCGGGAGCGCACCAUCGUCUCGCUCUCUCGUGGGCGAGUGCCUUGCCUAUUGUUAGGUCAAGCGCGUGUAUUUGCACAUUUCUCCUUUUUACGCGGAUACACGUUUCAAACAGAAGACAACGUUUAUGGUCCUGGCUGAAGAUUUCACGAUGUCUCGCACCGACGAGGUUAACCGCUUGACGGAAAAUGUCUAUAAGACCAUCAUGGAGCAGUUCAACCCCUGCUUACGGAACUUUGUUGCCAUGGGGAAGAAUUAUGAGAAGGCUCUCGCCAAUGUGACAUUUGCUGCCAAAGGCUACUUUGAUGCUCUGGUCAGAAUGGGUGAACUGGCCAGCGAGAGUCAAGGAUCCAAAGAUUUGGGGGAUGUGCUGUUCCAGAUGGCUGAGGUCCACAGACAGAUCCAAGUACAGCUAGAGGAGAUGUUGAAAUCUUUCCACCAGGAGCUGCUGUCCGAGUUGGAGAAGAAGGUGGACCUGGAUGCUCGUUAUCUAACUGCUGCCCUGAAGAAAUACCAGAUGGAAAACAAGAACAAAGGGGAAAGUCUGGAGAAGUGCCAGGCUGAAUUGAAGAAGCUGCGCAGGAAGAGCCAGGGCAGCAAAAAUCCCUCCAAGUAUGGAGAGAAGGAGAUGCAGUUUGUGGAGACCAUCAGCAGUAAGCAGACUGAGCUGGACACCUUCAUUGCUGAGGGAUACAAAACAGCCUUGUCUGAGGAGCGUCGAAGGUACUGUUUCCUGGUGGACCGCCAGUGUGCCGUGGCCAAGAACAGCAGCGCCUAUCAUGGCAAGGGUAAAGAUCUUCUCACCCAGAAGAUCCCAAUGUGGCAACAGGCCUGUUCAGACCCCAACAAGCUGCCAGAGAGGGCUAUGCUUCUGGCCCAGCAGAUGUGCUCUGCUGCCCUUGGGGGCUCAAGCCCCCUGCAUACCUCCAAAUCCAACCUGGUCAUCUCAGACCCCAUCCCUGGAGCUCAGCCUCUUCCUGUGCCCCCAGAGCUGGCCGUCUUCAUGAGUGGUGGCCUUGGACACUCAGCGAGGCUGAUGGGCCCUGAUGGUAUGUCCAUGGUCAAUGGUACAACAGGAGUGCAUGGAGAGGAAUACUGGACAGAUGGGGGAUCUAUGUCUGUUUCUCAAGUUAGGCCUUCAUCACCUCAGACCCAGGCCCCAGGCCAGUCCCAGGUCCAGCCCCAGAGACAGGUCAGCGAUGUCUACUCCAACACCCUCCCGGUGCGCAGACCUGCCCCUGCCAAGAAUAAGAACCCCGUGGGAGAGACACGGACCCUGCCGAGGUCUAGUUCCAUGGCAGCAGGUCUGGAAAAGAAUGGGCGUGCCCGUGUCCAGGCCAUCUUCUCGCACGCCGCAGGAGACAACGGCACUCUGCUGAGUUUCUCCGAGGGAGACGUCAUCACCCUGCUAGUGCCUGAAGCUCGUGAUGGUUGGCACUAUGGGGAGAAUGAGAAGAACAAGAUGCGUGGCUGGUUCCCUUUCUCGUACACGCGUGUGCUGCCUGACAGCGACAGUGAUAAGCUCAAAGUGAAUCUGCACCAUGGGAAAAGUAGCAGCACUGGGAACUUAUUGGAGAACGAUGGAACGCUGCCCACACCUGAUUACGGCCUGACUGCCCGACUCCUGGCACAGAGCCUAGCACAGACCCGCCCACGCCCCUACAGCAUGGCAGCCUUCGGCACACAGCCUGCCAUUGAGGAUUAUGAUGGCCGCUUUGCCACAAGUGACAGUCCUGAUGGCAAAUUGAUUUCGACUGUGUGAGAACAGACAUACAGACAGACACAGACAGCUUCCGGAUAGCACAGGGGCCUCUUCCUCCCCAUCUUUCCCUCCUCUUAGCCUCCCUCCUGUCCGCUUAUCUCCACCUCUCUUCUGCCUCCACACACCCCUUCUCCAAGUGGAAGAGGCCAGUUUCAUCCCUCCUUUCUGUCCUCUCUUCCUCCCCGGGUCCCUCCUUCCCUCCUUCCAUCCUUCCUGGGUGCUGCUGCUGGUGGUGUCGGUGUGGACAGUAGCGGUUGGUGGGUGGAGGAUUGCAUUGACCGAGAGAGCCAGAGCGGGGCCUACCUGCUCGGCAUGCAUCGAUAUGGACUCUGAACACUCUAUCUCUGAUCACAGUCCACCAUCACGGACUGAUCGAAGCAAGAGACUGCCUUUGCUACUGCUUGUCUUUCAUGCAUGUACAUGGUUGUGUCAUUUUGUUAAACUAAAGGACAUGUUCAUGUACUGUACAAGUGCCAAAAGACUUCAGUGUCGUUGUACUAAAGCCACUGGCUGAAUGGCUUUUGUUAAGCACACGUGGGCCCAGUAUUCCCACCCAACACACACACGCUCCAAGAGGUUUUGUUCAUCGUAAGGCUGUGCAACAGAUUACUGUUUCUGUUUGAAGAAAUCCUGUUGGGUCGCUCUGUGCUUCCUCGUGUCAGUGCUAGACUUGAUUUUCCGUCCAGAGGGUGUGUGCCAUAUUUGCCUUCUUUGCUUCUUUUUUUUUUUUUUCAAUUAAACACAUAUGUUUAAUUUAAUUCUG